CCCCUCCCGUGUCCGCGCUCGACGGCAGAGCUCGCCCAGCCUCCGCCAGCUCGCUCCCCGCCGGACUAACCGCCGCUCCCGGGGGUUUUGUGUCCGGCCCUUCGCCUUUAGCCGUCAUUUUUUGGGUGUUUUCAGGAUAUUCUUCUCCGUGGAAAGCGUCUGGAGAGCCAGCCGAGCAGACGGAGCGGUGUUUCUCGCUAAAGUGGGCGGAUAAAGCAGGGGAGGCAUCCGGCCUGGCAGCUCCGGAAAGUCGCCUAGAAACGACGGAUUCAUCAUUUUCAGGCCUUGCGCUGCCCUGCCAUGGAAAAGAUGAAGCGGAUCAAGCGGCGUCUGUCGCUGACGCUGCGGUCCAGUCAGACCAUCGACGAGUCUCUGUCCGAGCUCGCCGAGCAGAUGACCAUCGAGGACGGAGGCUCCAAGGACAACGAGCCCAUCGUGAGGAACGGCGCCCCCCCCACCUCCCACAGCAUGCACUCCUUCCUGCACCAGUACACCAGCUCCUUCAAGAAGCCGCCGCUCCGCCGGCCGCACAGCGUCAUCGGAGGCACCCUGGGCUCCUUCAUGGCCAUGCCGCGCAACGGCAGCCGCCUGGACAUCGUCCAUGAGAAUCUGAAGAUGGGCUCGGACGGCGAGAGCGACCAGGCGUCAGGAACGUCCUCAGACGAGGUUCAGUCUCCCACCGGCGUCUGUCUGAGGAACCGCGUGCACCGCCGCAUCAGCAUGGAGGACCUGAACAAGCGUCUGUCCCUGCCGGCUGACAUCCGGAUCCCAGACGGUUACCUGGAGAAGCUUCAGCUGAGCAGCCCGCCGUUCGACCAGCCGCUCAGCCGCCGCUCCCGCCGCGCCUCGCUGUCGGAGAUCGGCUUCGGGAAGUUGGAGACGUACAUCAAGCUGGACAAGCUGGGAGAGGGAACCUACGCCACCGUGUUCAAAGGCCGCAGUAAGCUGACCGACAACCUGGUGGCGCUGAAGGAGAUCCGCCUGGAGCACGAGGAAGGAGCGCCGUGCACCGCCAUCAGAGAGGUGUCGUUACUGAAGGACCUGAAGCACGCCAACAUCGUGACGCUACACGACAUCGUCCACACAGACAAGAGCCUCACACUCGUCUUCGAGUACCUGGACAAAGACCUGAAGCAGUACAUGGACGACUGUGGGAACAUCAUGAGCAUGCACAACGUCAAGGUGUUCCUGUUCCAGAUCCUGCGAGGCCUGGCGUACUGUCACAAGAGGAAAGUCCUGCACCGAGACCUGAAGCCCCAGAACCUCCUCAUCAACGAGAGAGGGGAGCUCAAACUGGCCGAUUUUGGCCUGGCGAGGGCCAAGUCCGUCCCGACGAAGACGUACUCUAACGAGGUGGUGACCCUGUGGUACCGGCCCCCGGACGUCCUGCUGGGCUCCUCCGAGUACUCCACCCAGAUCGACAUGUGGGGUGUUGGCUGUAUAUUCUAUGAGAUGGCUGCAGGUCGGCCGCUGUUCCCCGGCUCCACGGUGGAGGACGAGCUGCACCUCAUAUUCAGGUUACUGGGCACGCCGACGGAGGACAACUGGCCGGGAAUCUCGUCCAUCGAAGAAUUUAAAUCGUACAACUUUCCCAAAUACAAACCACAGCCGUUCAUCAACCACGCGCCCAGGCUGGACGCUGAAGGCAGCGAGCUGCUGCUGGCCUUCCUCAAGUACGAGUCCAAGAAGAGGAUUUCAGCCGAGGAGGCCAUGAAACACUCGUACUUCAAACACCUCGGCAUCCGAGUCCACACACUGCCAGAGAACAUUUCCAUCUUCACGCUGAAGGAGGUGCAGCUGCAGAGAGACCCGGGCUACAGGAACAACUCCUACCCAGAGUCAGGAAACAGUAAGAUCAGCAGGAGGCAGAGCAUGCUCUUCUAGACCCGGAGGCCCCGCCCUUCAUCAUCACCCCCCCCACACACACACCCCCUCCUCGCAUGAGCCCACCUCCCCUCAGACUGACCAACCCCCCCACCACACACACACACACACACACACACACUCACACACACACACACACACACACACACACACACACACACACACACUGGCCCCUCUGGCUUUGGUUCGGGGUUUGAUAUUUGGAGACUGUUUUAUUUAUUGGGGGGGAAUUUGCUGCUAAACUACUACUGUCUGUAUUUAACAUGCGUGUGCGUGUGUGUGUGUGUGUGUGUGUGUGUGUGUGCGUGCGUGCGUGACGUUGUGGACUGGAGCCGACCAGUCGAUGCGGUGACUGUUGGUUUUUAUUUGUUUUGUUUUGUUUUUUUGUUUAAAUCUGAUCCCACUGAUGUUGAUGUCGACGCUGUGAUGCAAAGUCGUCGUGCUCGCCGCCGCCGCCGCCGCCGCCACACUCGGAGACCGAAAGCUCUCCUCUCCGUGGAUUUUUUUAAAAAUAUAAAUAUCUAUAUAUAUGCGGAGGUGUCUCUCUCUCUCUCUCUUCUUGUUUUUUUUCCUCGGCUGAAUUCGGCGAUGGAGCGACAGCCUGGAAUGCGGCGGCGUCCGAGUCGUGAAACAUUUCAACUGGAGGUCGAGGCGGGGAGCGGGGCGGGGCGGGGGGCGGGGCCAAUGAAGAUCAGAGUCCAGCCAUGUUGGGAGAACUUAAAUGCACCUUCAGCUUUUACUGUUUUUAUUUUUUUUCGACCAGCAGUUUGUUUUUUGGCUCAUUCUGGCGAGGAUAAAGAUAGGACUGUAUUUGGGGAAUAUGAGGGGGGGGCGGGGUUUCUCCAUAGGACAUUUCCGGGCCUCCCCAAAAAUCCCCCCCUCCCCCUCUGGAUGCCAGUGUGUGAGGGGAACCUGAGCGGGGCGACGGAGGAGGAGAAACACGGAGCGGCUCGACAGGAAGUCACGGGACGUCCCACAGGAAGCCGCCCCCCUGCUCCCUCCCGCCCCGAGAACGCUCACCCGCCCGGACUUCAGUGCUUUCUGUUUUUUUUAUUUUGUUGGUUUAUUUUUUAUUUUUUUAUGCAAGCUACACGUCCUCUCUCUCUCUCUCUCUCUCUCUCUCUCUCUCUCUCUCUCUCUCUCUCUUUGCACUUCGCUCCGUGGUUUUGGAAUCAGGGACGGCGCGAGCAGCAGCCCAGGGGGCGGAGUUUACCCGACAGUAUUAAAGACGUGUUCUCUCGUGUCUGUGACCUUUGACCUCCUCUCCUUGUGAAGCACAGUGUCAGUGUGGCAUGUUCCCGCCUCUCUGAGGAGCU